AUGUGCGCCAGGACGGCCAUCCGCCACUUCCCCGUCGACGCUUGUGUCCCCUCGAUGGCUCGGCCACAACAUGCACAUGGGCGGAUCUCUCAUGUGCGCCCGGUAGACGUUGGAUUCAAGGUCGGUAUUGUCUCCGUUGCCUUGCCUUGCAAACUCGUCACCAGUGCGAAAAUCAAAUCUCCUCAUGGCGGAAUAUCGGGUUUGUACCUCGGAAUACAAGGCCUGAUCACGGUGGUGGUUGGUCUGGAGGUGGCGGGUGCAGUCCUCGUUUGCUAUGGCCAGAGGGUGUUGCAGGAAACAAAAUCUACCAUCAUUAUCAUCACCGGGCUUGGCGUCCAGACAUUCAGCCUGAUCCUCAUAUUGGGCGUUUGUGUCGCGGCAUUCUGUCACGGCAGCAAACGGGCCUACGGCCAUCAUACAAAAGCUGAGGAUGAUUCACUUCUAGCAAAUCAUCGCCGAGGCUUGGAAGCAGCCAGCGUGGCCAUCCUGCUCCAUUCGGUAUAUCGGAUCGUCGAGAUGGCGAUGGGCAUAUCUGGGAUCUUGUUCCAGAGCGAGACGGCUUUCAUGGUGGCUAAUGGAGCAUUACCGCUUGUAUAUUGCAUGCUGUUGUCGAUAUUCCACCCGAAAAACGCCGCCAAGCGGCCGUCGACUUCGGCUUCACGCGCCGGCGAAAAACGCAGGCGACCGGCGCCGCUUACGCCAGAGGACAGCUACCCUGCGCAUCAUGGAUACGCGCCAAAUAUUGCGCUGCAGCGCUCGCCCAGUUCGCAAAACAGCCACACUUCGAACCCUCCAGAAGUACCUUCGGGGUCGCCUGGGCUGCCCGCCAACCCACGACCGACACAAAAGUCAGCGCCUUCGCCCCCGGCAACGAAUGUACACGGCAGUAAACCGACACCAAUACUGGGCAGUGCCAGCCCUCAGAGGGUAUGGAAAAGAGGGAAGGCACCACAAGAGAUGGUGGAGACUGAUAGCUUGUGGUAG